AUAAUGCCAUCAUCCCAUCCAUCACUCUCCUCUCAUCUCACUCCAACAACUCCGCAGGAUCGUACUCGGGCAGUCUCCUUGCCCCGGACGCGCGACCCUCUCCUCGCCCUCGUCGCCGGCUCGCCGGCCGGCCUCGACCUCGAUCCCCGCCAUGUCGGCGGCGUUCAAGGCGUUCCUGAACAGCCCCGUGGGCCCCAAGACCACCCACUUCUGGGGCCCCGUCUCCAACUGGGGCAUCAUCCUCGCGAGUGUGGCGGACACCAAGAAGCCUCCUGAGAUGAUAUCCGGCAAUAUGACGGGAGUGUUGUGCGUGUAUUCUGCUCUCUUCGUCAGGUUCGCAUGGAUGGUGCGGCCCCGGAACUACUUCCUCAUGGUAACCCACAGCUGCAACGAAUGCGUCCAGCUCUACCAGCUGUCUCGCUGGGCCAGGGCUCAGGGUUCAUAGUAAGGAACCCAGGACAAGCGUAUCACGGUCUGUUUGCAGAAGCUAAAGUUGAAGUUGAGUGCUAAACUUUAGCAGUCAUGCAUGUGUUAAAAUUUUUAAGUUUUGGCUAAAGUUCAGCCCACCCCACUGACACUCCCGUCUGGAUGAGCUAGUCACCUAUUGACACUUGGAUCCGAUCUAAAUAGGGCCUUAGUACGGAAGUUGAACGGAAAAUGGAAGCUUAUGUCGGAAUUUGGAUU